AGGGUGCGGACACUCACCGGCAAGGAGAUCGAGCUCGAUAUUGAGGAGAACUACCUGAUCUCGCAGAUCAAGGAGCAGGUGGAAGAGAAGGAGGGCAUCCCGCCCGUGCAGCAGCGUCUGAUCUACCAGGGGAAACAGAUGGCCGACGAGAAGAAAGCCUCAGACUACUCGCUGGAGGGAGGAAAUGUCCUGCAUCUGGUGCUCGCCCUGAGAGGCGGCUCCCAAUAA